AUGUACAGGAAUAUGUAAUGUUCAUAUCAUACAUUAGCGAAUAGCAUUAAUGUUAAUAGACCGGUAGAAGGUGUGAUAUUUGUGCGUACUCUGGUUUCAUUUGCCAUUUUUUUUUAUUUUAUUUUAUGCUGAGCGACACACUGUUAAAACUGCAUGCGUUAUAGUAGUACAACAUUCAUUAUUCGCCGGCUGGGGAGCAUUAUCAUUGUAUUGUUAUCAAAGCUGGUUAUGUUAUUGGUUAAGUUAUGCGCAGGAUUAUGAAUAGAAGCUGUAUAAUGCUACUUUUAUGCCGUUCGUAUUUGACAGGUUGUAGUAUUUGUGAUUUCGUUGAUCCAGGUCUGUCACACUGGAAAUGUUAUAAAAGGUUAUAAACUCCGUCCACUGUAACUGAUAAAUCUUUCAUCCUUGACAUGUGAGUGGGGAGUGUGGAGGCCAUGCAGUGAGUCCUGUACCUAUCUAUUAGUCAUAGUGCCAGAGCACCAUCAUGCAUGUACCACUUUUGUGGUCUUUAUGCCAGCAAAACAUCUUCUAUUAGCUCUGGCAGAUCACAUAACAGGAAAACUUAGUAGUGGCCUGUAAGCUGGUGUGGAAAAAUUUGGGCCUACCAGACAGAUGUCAGUAAUUCCUGCCAAGGCAUUAAUGCUGAACUGCUGCUGGUAUCUAGAGUGGAUUACACCAUAAGGAUUCUCUUCUUCGCAUUGGUGUUUGUUGUGAAUAUUGAUAAUUCUAUCUGUACCAAAACCUGCCUCAUAUGUAAAGAGUGCUCUUAAAACGAAGAGAUGCUCAGCAAUUUGUUGAGCGAAACAUGCUUAAAAGUUCUCUUGCACUGGAAAAUCAGCUAUAACUCACAGAUUAAAUGUUUCUAGGCACAUGAUGAUAUGGACGUUCUUCUUACUUUGAUGUUCUUGCUGCUGUGAUGUUACUAUAUUAUGAAGUUACGAAGUACAAUAGUGAGCCGAGCUGUGUUGAUUAGAUGUUACUGAGGGGUGAAGACUUAGUAUUGUGAUCCUAACUCAGCAUCACGACAUGGACAUCAUAAAAGUGGAGCCUGCUUCAGAUGAAGAGACACAUCCUGUAUCUUCACAGAAUGCAUAUUACAUGACAGAUGGAAAGCAAAAUUAUCCUGUACAUGCAGAAUUCUUUGUUGUAAAGAGUGAAACUGAGAACAUGUUCAUGAAGGAGGAGGAAGGCAGUUCAUGCUCUGGGUCACAGCAGAUGUCAUCUGUGGAUGAUGGGAUCAGCGAUAUCAAACAGCAGACACUUCUUGUACCUGAGGUCAUUCUUGAAGAGCCAGAGGAUAUGACAACAGUAAAACAUGAAUUUAAGAAUGAAGUACGAGCAGAGAAACCUAAAGUAUAUGCAGACAGUGGGGAGCAUCUGCAUAAUCUUACUGCUGCCAAAGGCACUGAAACAACAGAUGUCAGUGUGUGUAUUGACAGUCAGCAGAAAAACAUUACAGAAGCUGAUGUCAGUCAUGUGUAUGCAGACACACAUAGAGACUUGAGCAGUUCCGUUGUCACAGGAAUGAAGGAUUUGGAAUGUGAAACUAAAAGUAAUGGAUAUUCAGCAAGAAAAUAUGACCAGAACAAAGGGAAGAAGGUUCAUGAAUGUGAUAUCUGUGGGAAAUGCUUUUCAACUAGUGGGAACCUAGUAGCACACGCAUGCAUCCACACAGGAGAUAAACCCUUUAGCUGUGAAGUGUGCAGCAAAACAUUCAGGCUUCGUCACCACCUCAUGACCCACACACGCACCCAUACAGGUGAUAAGCCUUACAGCUGCAAGAUAUGCAACAAACGGUUUGGCCACAGUAACUCCCUUGCACAUCAUGCACGUACGUUUCACCCAGGUGAGCCAUUCAUCCGUGAAGUAUGCAACAGAAGAUCAAAUCUCACAAAACCUCUUGGGCCUUUCAAGUGUGAGGUAUGUGAGAAGUUGUUCCCAAGGCGUGCCAACCUUGUUCGUCACACCCGAAUUCACACUGGAGAGAAACGAUUCAGCUGCGAGGUCUGUAAUAAUGCUUAUAUAGAUCGUGCAUCUCUUGUAGCACAUACUCGUAUCCACACUGGUGCGAAACCAUUCAGCUGCAAUAUUUGCAACAAAAGGUUCAAUCAUCGUAAGUCGCUCUCUGAUCAUUCCCACACUCACACAGGAGAUAAGCCUUUCCGCUGUGACGUAUGUAAAAAGCAGUUCACCCAACACGGAAAUCUUGUAACUCACUCACGAAUUCAUACAGGACAUAAACCCUUCACUUGUCAAGUUUGUGAGAAAAGUUUUAGGCAACGUGCACAUCUUUUGCUCCACACUUGGACACACACAGGAGACAAGCCUUUUAGCUGUGAAGUAUGCAAAAAGACGUUUACACAACGUGCAACUCUGCAGGAACAUAGUCGAACACAUACCGGAAUUAAGCCAUUCAGCUGUGAAAUAUGCCACAAAAGUUUCUCUCACCGUAGCACCCUUGUGCAACAUACUUAUAUCCAUACUGGAGAUAAACCUUACUCUUGUACCAUAUGCAACAAAAGUUUCAGACAGCGUUCUACACUUGUAGAACACACCCGCACUCACUCGACUGAUAAGAAUCUGAACUCUAAAAUGCUUCACCGUAACUCCCUUGUGGGUCACUAUGCACAGUAGAGUUCUAAGUUUUAUAUUUGUAAACUCUUUGACGUAGCAUAUAAGCGCGUUGUGCCGAUAUGUUUCACAUUUGAUUGAUAUUGUAUUGUCAGCUUUGUAAUUAAGUUCAUGUUUGCUAGAUCCUCCCAUUUUUUGAGGUGUACAUUUCUUCAGUUAUUCACAUGUCUGUAUGUUAUAUUCAUACAUUUUUUUAAUUGUUUCAUUUUGGUCCGUUACACUAUCAAUCACAAAGUUAGUAGAAAGUCCGUCG